CAGGUACGCCUUCCCAUGAUACAAUGUGACAGCUGUCAAAAUGGCGGCCUCCAUACAAUGUUUUGAAACUUGAAAAUAGGCACGGUGUAUGCCCCCGGAUUUAUGAUUUUUUAUUCAAUUUGACAUUGUGAAAUGUCGUUAUCAUUUAAAUCUGUUUUCAUAACAGUGAAUCUUCUGUUGUGUCUGCUGCCAUGCUGAUAGUGAAAGACACUCCACGAUAAACCAAAAUUUGCUGAGAAUUUGAUACUUGGGCCUUGUGUUUAUUUUUUUGCAAAGUAACAAUACUGCAUCUUCAGAAGUGAAGAUGGCUAGUUCUGGUAGUGUGAAGGGCCGGACUAGCUCACAUGGAUCGGCAGGAUCCAGGGGCUCUCGUACCCCACCAACAAGUGCUGGAAAGGUCCCAGUCCACAAAUCAGCCAGUGCCAGUAGGCCUAACGCUGAUGCUGCAAGAAAACCACUGAAACCGUCCAGGCCAUCAGACCGACUGAACCCGAAAACAGUUGAUCCUUUUGCCAAUUCAAAGAAGAAUCAGUCAGCUUUCGCUUCAGUGUAUUCCAGUGGAGGCCUCCCAUGCAGAUUGGUCCAUGGCAGUGUGAAGCACAAGAUAGCGUGGGACAGUUCCCCAGAACAUGUACAGUUUGACCCUGUUCUAGUCACGUUAGCAGAGGGCUUGAGAGAAACAGUUCACCCAUACACAUUUGUCUCAUGUGCUGGAUUUAAGGAGCUGUUAGAAGUCCAAGACUCGGGUGAUAAGGCAGCUCCUCUCUUACCAAAGUUGGCACCAUCUCUCAGAGCAGCACUGGCUCACAGUGAUGCAGGUGUGUUUGAGAGAUCUCUGGAUGCCCUGCAGCAGCUAAGUGACUCCGUGGGGCCAGCUCUGAAUCCACACCUUAAAAACCUGCUCAUGCCAGUAUCCAAAAAGAUGAUGGAUAAAAAAUACAAAGAAAAGUGUACAGACAUCCUACAACAACUGGAGCAGAAUGGAGGGAGGGAGGUUCUACCAAUAAUCAAGUCCAAAGUACCAACUUAUUCAUCUAUUUAUGGAUAAAACAUUGAAAAGUGAUUUGUAUAUAAUUUUGUUGAUUGAGAUAUAUAUGUAUAUUAAAUGAACUUAUCCUGUUGCUUGUUGCUAUGUUGUAAUAUGGCACACACAUUGCUUGCUUGUGUUACCUAUGUCUAACUCAUGCACAUGUCAAGUUAUUGUAGUUAUUCUGUUAAUGCAUGCUCUUAACCAUCUUCCCAAGGCAAGAGCGUCCACUAGCCUUUUUUUCAAAGUCUUGUUUCCACCCUUGCCACAUCAAGCCCACUUUCCUGUGCUAAAUAUGAUUGGAUUAUUGUACAUAUCGAUUGUCCAUAUCGAUUGUCCAAUCUGAGAACAUUUCACAAAAUCAACAUCCACGACUGUACAUCUUCGUAUGAAAGUGUUUUACCGCUGCCUGUCUUUGUUUAGACAAAUAUUUUUUGUCAUCUUUUAAACACCGCAAACGAUUGCCUAUGUUUUUGUGUCAGGGAUGAAAUUGCGAAUGUUUUUGUUAUCUGAUCGACCAGGUCGUCGCCUAUGGCAGUUGCCAUCUUUGUGAGGCUAUAUGAGAUAAGAACAGCGAUCUGAUUGGAUAUCUAGUCUUCAUUACAAGGGGCACAACUUGUGAUCUAUGCGGGGUGGUGCCAGGAUUGAGCCAGUAAUAAUUUUUAAAUCUGUAGUUGAUAGCAUGAACAACAAUCCAAGGUUAUCUGUUGUGACACACAGUGAUCCAAGUCAGUAUUUGUAACCACCUGAUUCCCAUAUAGUUGUCUCUUACUACAAACAUUGGGCCUCAGUCUGGCCCAGAAUUCUUAUAGAGGUGGGUCAGGUGUGUGUGAUGACAUGCAGUGUUUUAUCAAGACCUGCUCAGAGGCUGAUAUCCUGUCCUGUCUGUAGCAAAUGUCAGAAAUCCUGAAUUAGGAAGUAAGGAUAAGAUUUAUGGAUGAACAGCUGCUUUAUUACAAUUAGGAGCGACGUUUCGGUGUAGGUUCUAACACCGUUAUCAAGCAAGCACUUCCUUGAUAAAUGGUGUUGGAACCUACACUUGCUAGGACCUACACUGAAACGUUGCUCCUAAUUUUAAUAAAGAAGUUGUUCAUCCAUAAAUCUUAACCUUACUUAGUACUCCAACUUCUAAAUCCCUUUUAAAGAAGUUAGGAAUUAGGCAGUUCUAUUUUCAUGUUUAUACAUAUAUACUGUAUAGUUAAAACUCAUGUGAUGUCUUGUAGACUUGGUAGAGGUGAUAUGAAUUUCACCAAUAACAGGGCCAAUGAGGAGAAAGAGGCUUUCAUGUUUCGUCUUACAUUUUUGCAUCACAUGUAAUGUUAAUAUGCAAUAUUACAGACCUCUGAAAUUAAGCAAAGAAGAACUUUAAAAAAAUCCCUAUUUUGAACAAAAUAUUGUUUCUCAAUUUGCCUGCCAUGGGCACUUAGUUUGAAAUCCUAGAAAAAAACCUUCAAAUGACAUACAUACAUGACACAUCCUCUCAGAUUUAAAUGUUUGGUAGCCAGUAACAUUAUUUGUUUUUUAUUUUAUUUUAUGUAUCUGUGAUUUUUGUCUUUGAAUUUGACUUGUCAUGAGAUGACAACUGUUUGUUUGUGUGUUGUUUGUUGGUACUUAUUUUACACGACUUGCUCCAUCCAAGCGAGGUCCUUGACCUGAGGCAUAGGUAACAAGGUUUUCAAAUAAUUUGAUAUCCUGUUUUUAUAAUUGUCAAGUCUUAUAUUGGUUGUGGCAAGAGUAAGAAAUAUUGUGAUUACCCUUCCUGACAUAAUGGAGUACCAUUUACCAUAUCUUUAUUCCUUUGUUAUUGAGUAAUUGGACAUCAUAUUGAUAAUAUAUGGUUGAGCAUACCAAAAAUCAGGAACAUAGUUGGUGCAUAUGAUAUGUUAUAAACAUAUUGUAUUCAGGAGAUUGUUCUAAUGAAGAGAAUUAUAUGAGCAGUAUUAUUUUUACAAGAUGAAUAUCCAUGAUAUACUCAAGGGCAAAUACAGCUGCUUUUAUCAUACCUCCAUCUCAGAAUGAUGAGAUCUGAUUGGUUCACGUGAUCUGGAUAAAAUACUAUAUCCCGCCUUAAUGGGAAAUCAAUUUUUCAGCAGGAGAAUAAAUCACUUAUACCCGACCACGAACAAGACAGGCUGCAUGUGGAUUUCUGAGAGGGAGAAACCCCUCAUACUCCGCAUCGAAGUAAAAAGCUGCAUGCUUUUUCCAAGUCAAUGACAGUCACUUCACAUAGCACAAGUUCUAUCAAUUUUGAAUUUUUUUUCAUUCUUUUAACGUCAUAUUAAAGUAAUAUAAUUUUUGUUGAAGCAGUAUCACUUGGGGUACAUGUGGAUUUAUGCGUUCCUUGUAUAAAACCGGGGAUUCAUAAAACCACUUAUACCUGAGUGAUACUGCUACUACUUAUAAUGUUUUUUUUGAUAACUGAAUAAUUAAUAAUGGUUAUGAUAGAGACUAUAUGGCUCUUCAGAUCGGGGAACGGAGGUCCAAUUGUCUACGACACUACAUUUCGCUGUGGAGAGUUGUGUCCCUUAGGCAGCCCAGAAACUUAUGAUCGUGGCUUUGAUUCCCAGCUUCCUAAGUUUCUAGGUUUAUCAACACCAUACCUGCGGUAAACAUCUUAGACCUGCUUCAGGCUCUCCUUCCACAUCAAGCUGAAAUGGCCUGAUGUAACUGAAAUACUGUUUAAUGUGGCAUGAAACCAAUCUCAAUGAAGUGUUUACACAGAAGCCCACCUGUCAAGGCAUACCAAGGAUGCUGAAUUAUUGUCAGAGGGGACGAAAAUAACCAGACAUUUACCAUACAUGUAACAUGUGAACAAAAUAAAAAUACAUCUGUGCAUGAUAAGUAUUUAAAAACCUGACCACUCAAUCCUGUUAGUCGCCUCUUACGACAAGCAUGAAUACUAAAGAACAAUCCGUGAAGA